AUGCAAUUGCCGGUUCUCGGCUGCACUUUCCUCACGCUGUCAGAGUGCGAGGAAAGUACUGCCGAGAACCGGCAGUUGUCAGAGCAGCGAUCGGCACCGAUCAUCAGGGCACUGAGGAUCAGUGCCCAGCACAGUGCUGCCCACAAGUGCCCAUCAGUGCACCCACCUGUGCCCAGCAGUGCACCCACCUGUGCCCAGCAGUGUCACCCAGCAGUGCCACCUACCUGUGCCCAAAAGUGCCACCUACCUGUGCCCAGCAGUGCCACCCACAUGUGCCCACCAGUGCAACCCACUUAUGCCCAUUAGUGCCCAUCAAUGCAGUGCUGUCAGUCAGUGCCACCAGUCAGUGCCCAGCAGUUGCGCCAAUCAAUGCCUAGCAGUGCCACCAGUCAGUGCUCAGCAGUGAUGCCAGUCAGUGUCACCUAUCAGUG